AUGGAUCAGCGUAAAUGCAUUGUUCACUACGACAUUAAAGAUACCAAAUAUAGUAGCAUAAAAGAGCUUUCUUCUGUUAACAAGGAAAAAAUUUAUUCGGCAAAAUGUAUUCGCGAGUCGUUAGGAGGUAAGAAUCAUCAUGCAGAACAGUGCCAAUUAAUUCCAGAAGAAAUUAACCCAGUUCAACACGGCAUACAUCUCGUUCCUUGCUAUAAAAAGUUUACUUUGAUCCUCUCGAAAGAAAAAGAUCGCUCCUCUGAGAACUCUAAUAAUGAAAGCCUUUUAACGGAGCCUCGCCCAAAACGAGCGAAAACAUCACAUGCUAGCAAUGUCUACCCCAAGGAAUGCAAUUUUUGUAAAAAGUAUAGGAUAAUGAAAAAGAAUAAAAUUCACUUCCCAAAAACUGUAUGCACGGAUAAGGCUGUACAAACUAUAAAGGAUGCUGCAGAAUCUAAAGAAGAUCAAAGUCUUUACUUUGAAAUUAAAGAUGCCGAUUUGAUUGCAAGGGAAUUUAAAUACCACGAAAAUUGCUAUAAGGAGUAUACGCGAAAAGAGAAAUCUUCUUUUAAGCAAGCCGGGAACGAACGAUCGCGAUCUUUGGGCGAUUUCGAUCAAGUGAAGAAAUGUAUAGAAGAGAAAAUUCUUUCCCAAAACCAGGCAAUAUCAAUGCGCAUCUUGCAUGAUCUAUACGGCGUCCAUUCUGAAGAUACAAGAUAUCGCAGUAAAUUGAAAGCAAGGAUACAGGAAGCCUAUCCAGACAAGAUAUCGUUCCUAACUGUUGAUGCAAACACCGCUGAAGUUGUUAUAAAUACAGACGCAAUAAACUCUCAUACGAUAAUUAAUGAUCGCGAGCAUUUAUUAAUGCAAGCCGCAGAGUGUCUUCGCGAAGAUAUCCUUGAUCAUGCUCAAACUAUUCCAAGUUUGAGUUGGCCACCAAGUAUCGAUGACCUCUCGAGUGAUGAAAGAAAGCCACCAGAAUCGUUGGAGUCAUUUUUGCGGCAACUGUUGAUGAAUAAGGAUCAUCCUAAUCGUGAUACGGCCAAUAGAUUGAUUCAAUCAUAUUCUUCGGAUUUAAUUCACGGCGUAACACGCGGGAAAACAAUAACCGCAAAGCAUUUUCUUCUUGGGCUCGGACUUCAUAAUCUAACAGGGCAAAAGGUACCGAUACAAAUAGUGAAUCACCUUGGACAUUGUAUAGACUACAAUCUGGUGUGUGAAAUUGAGACUGCGCAGGCAGAGAAAGCAGACUGCAUUGCCAAAGGUAGCGGGGCCCUUCCGAUUCAACCAAUAUCUUCGGGCCAUAGUGUAUUAACAUACUUCUGGGUAGACAAUUUCGACAUGAAUUUAGAGACAAAAACUGGGCAUGGCGCAAUUAAUUCAACACACAUGGUUGCCUUUCAGGAGGAAUCGCCGUUGACAAUAAAGCAAAGCAAUGAAAUUCAGUUUCCAAGGACCAAACGUCGAUCACUGGAAGUUUCUGAAACUGAGCAUGUUGAAGUUGUUGUUAAUGCUAAUAAAGAGCCACCUAUCACUUGUUUCACUGAUGAAUCGACACCAGGAGAAAGUUUGCAAGAAUCUAUAUACGCAACCAACUAUUUGCUAUGGAUCAUUUUGAGAAAGCUGAACAUGGCAGAUCAAACUCUCUCAACAUACUCGGGAUGGAGAACAUGUGUAAAAAAGGUCAAUUCGACAACCCCCCUAAAGAAGACCGUUCUUAAAUAUUUACCCCCCAUUAAUGCAAAAGUCACUGAAUUCUCAACGAUUUACCAAUACCUAACAUAUCUGCAGCUCCUUGCCAGCGAAGUGAAUAUGCCAUAUGUAAACGUGACAUUGGACGUUGGUGCUGCCAUGAAUGCCGAAAGGGUGCUGUGGAAUUAUCCUUCGAAAUUCCAAAACGUUAUUAUUCACUUAGGCGACUUCCACUUCAUGAAGGAAAACUUUGGUGUUAUUGGAAAGAUCGUCAAGGGUUCUGGGUUCGAAGAUGUAAUUUUUCAAGCUGGAGUAUGCUCGACAGGUAGUCUCAACGGUGUCUUGAUGGGCUCUCACUACAACCGUGCAUGGACAGUCCACAGUGCUUUUUCAGAAGCUUUAGAAAGGUUGUUAAUCGAAAGGUUCAUCUUUGAGUACAACAUUUUCAUUCCAGAAGAUUUCAUUACCGCUGCAGAGGUUCCACAGUCAUUUUAUGAGGAUAUAGUUAGCAGCAAUGCCACGUUCUUAUCACGGUAUCAAGAGUUUAAGGAAAGUAUACGCAAUGGAGAACUUGGCGAAACACCGCGAUUCUGGUUGCUACUAUACUUGGAUCUUAUGCAAACGCAACAUUUUAUUCAUCUGGCGGUCCAAGACAACGAUUUUGAGAUGCGACUUCGCUGCUGGAAGUUCUAUUUGCCACUGUAUUUUGCGCUUCAGAAAACCAACUACGCUCGGUAUGGUUCCUACUACGUUAAAGUGAUGGAGAAUAUCGAGAAAAUGUACCCUGGCUUAAAAGAACUGCUUGAGCAAAAUGGUAUGUCCGUACAAGCCCAAGAAUCAUUCCCUGUUAGAGUUGCUAUUGACCAGAGAGGUGAGCAAACGAUCAACAGAGAUGCCAAGACAUCGGGAGGAAUCAAGUCAUUUGCCGCAGAUAGUUCAGCUAUUUUGAAGUGGACAUUAAAUCGGGCCGAACAAGCGGAAAAUACUAAAGCACUCCUAGACUUCGCAGAGGUGAACAAUGCCAGUAAUGCUUACAAACCUCUCCGGCCAUCACAGAUUUUGCAAUCAGAAAAAUUCGUGUCGCGCAUUAUAGAGGUAUUGAACGAAGAGUAUGUUAACCCUUUCGAUGUCAAUAUUCCGAAAGAAAAGCUUGUUAAUUUGAGUUCUGCCGUUGCUCUGCCAGACCAAAUAGCUUCCGAAAUACUUUCAACGAGAAGUGUUGGUAAAGAAGAAAGUCAGAAGUUUCGUUUAGAGCGCCUUGAGUCUAGUGAGGUCAAAUUUCACGAUCCGAUAAAAAGACGAAAGUUGCAAAUGUUCAGCAAUUCAAGUAAGAAAGUCACAAUUGAGGAAAACAAGAAAGUGAAAUCUGUUGAAGUUAAUCGGAAUAUCUUGGGAACAUUACUUUCAUUUUCAGCAAAGAGUGGGCAAGCUAUUGAUCUUAAAAAAGCACUUGAAUACCCUUUGUGCCCUGUUCCGCUAAGCUUGGCUAACCCCGACGGAUCCAGAAGAGUAACGACGAAAAGCAAGUUAACCGAAAUUAUAAUCAAGAAUGUGAAAAGCCCUGUAUUACACCCAAGGGAAAGUCAACCCCGGAAAGAAACCGUGUCUGCGUUUAUUGUCGACAUGAUGGCAAGUGUUAGGAGCAUAACGCAAGUACCAGAAACGUAUGAAGAUCUCACGUGGAAGUUUUUGCAGCAGCUGCCGUCUGGAUACAGUCGGAUUGACAUUGUCGCAGAUACAUACCAAGAGGUUUCACUUAAGUCAGCCGAAAGAAACGCACGUGGGAUUUCAAGCAAAGUGAUGAUUCCUUCAAACAAAUCGAAAGUGCCUCGAAAUUUUAGCGAUUUUUUAAGAAAUGACGACAACAAGCGACGAUUGAUAUAUUUAAUGCAGGAAACCAUCAUUGCAAACAAGGCAAAGGCUUUGGACUUGCUACGCUGCCAGGAGAUCUACUUCUCAACCUAUAAAGAUUGCCGCAAAAUUACACCUGUUUCAUGCGAAAUAGAAGCUGAGUUAAUUAGCAAUCAAGAAGAAGCUGAUACCAAGAUCGUACUACACUGCUAUCACGCAUUGACUCGUCAUCCCUCAAAAAAGAUCUUGGUAAGAUCACCUUCAGGUGAUACCGAUAUUCUUGUAAUCUUGUUAAACAAGUUGCUUGAGCAUCAAGACCGUGUAUAUCUCGACUAUGGAAAUAGCAAACAUCGCAAAGGACUUUGGCUGGCCGAUAUCGAUUUACCUGAGGAGAUCAAGAAGUGCAUGUUGGGUUUUCAUGCCUUCACCGGGAAUGACUAUAUAUCGUCAUUUUUUCGAAAAGGGAAAAUGGCUUGCUGGAAAAUUGUUGAAAAGUAUCCCAGGUUCGUUAGUAUCUUUACGUCACUUGGUUUAUCUUGGGAAUUGGAAGAAGAAUUAGCUGAUGCUCUUGAACAAUACGUUUGUCUGCUAUACGGCAGCAGAAAGAAGAGAGUAAACGGCGUGCGAAGCGAAAUCUUCGAACGUAAACACGUUAACCAAAGAAAGGUUAUCGACAUAUCGCAUCUUCCACCUUGCAGGUCAACAUUACUCUUACAUUCGAAAAGAGCAAACGUAAUAGCGAAAAUAUGGAAUUCGUCACACGACCCAAUGCUAGAAGAACCAGAUUUCACACACAAUGGUUGGAAUAGUUUACUUGAGAUAUGCUGGAUGGAUGAAGCUUUUCCAAGGGAUAUGAACAGUAUUCUUCUUGAACCAUUAUUCGAUGCUGAUAAUGAUAUUGACUGUGGGCUGGACGAGGAGAGUGAUGAUGAGGAUUGAUUUAAUGAACAUCCUACCAGAGACGGUGUAUGUAUAUUAUAUAUAAUAAUACUACAAAUCGCUUAUAAUAUGCUAUAUUUAUAGUGUGACGAAAAGACUAAGUUCAUAACCAUGUAAUUCGCCUGUGGUUUUGAUUUUAUAGUGCCACAUUCUAAUAUAAUUCCUGCAUCAGCAUUAGUUUAGUAUACAUUGUUCAAACAGUAUAAGACAUUAUACAGUAUUAUAGAGAAAAUAUAGCCAUACGCUUAUGCUGUUCACCUUUUUGCAGUAAA